AUGUACGCCAAAGGCAAGAGUAGCAACGUGCCGUCCGACAGCCAAGCCAGAGAAAAGUUAGCUCUGUAUGUGUACGAAUACCUGCUACAUGUAGGAGCACAGAAGUCAGCACAGACCUUCCUCUCAGAGAUCCGAUGGGAGAAGAACAUCACAUUAGGAGAACCUCCGGGGUUCCUUCACUCGUGGUGGUGUGUAUUUUGGGACCUGUACUGUGCAGCUCCAGAGAGAAGAGAGACAUGUGAACACUCCAGUGAGGCCAAGGCCUUCCAUGACUACAGUGCAGCAGCAGCUCCCAGCCCUGUCCUUGGGAACCUUCCCCCAGGAGAAGGCAUGCCGGUUGGGCCGGUCCCUCCAGGCUUCUUUCAGCCGUUCAUGUCACCUCGAUACCCUGGAGGACCCAGACCUCCCCUCAGAUUACCCAAUCAGGGACUUGGAGGAGUUCCUGGCAGCCAGCCUAUGUUACCCAGCGGGAUGGACCCCACAAGACAACAAGGCCAUCCAAAUAUGGGGGGCCCCAUGCAGCGAAUGACUCCACCCAGAGGCAUGGUUCCUCUGGGGCCCCAGAACUAUGGGGGUGGGAUGAGACCACCUCUGAAUGCUCUGGUCGGUCCUGGGAUGCCUGGCAUGAACAUGGGACCGGGUGGAGGCAGACCCUGGCCAAAUCCUCCCAACACCAAUUCUAUCCCCUACUCGUCUGCAUCCCCGGGAAGUUAUGUGGGACCUCCAGGGGGAGGAGGGCCACCUGGUACUCCAAUAAUGCCCAGUCCAGCAGAUUCAACCAACUCCGGCGACAACAUGUACACGAUGAUCAACACAGUCCCUCCAGGUGCAAACCGGCCAAAUUUCCCUAUGGGUCCAGGUGGUGAUGGUCCAUUGGGUGGAAUGGCUGGAAUGGAGCCCCAUCACAUGAAUGGAUCAUUAGGGUCUGGUGAUAUAGACAGUCUCCCUAAGAACUCUCCUGGUAACUUAAGUAUGACCAACCAGCCGGGGACUCCCAGAGAGGACGGAGAGAUGGGAGGAAACUUCCUUAACCCUUUUCAGAACGAGAGCUAUUCUCCAAACAUGACGAUGAGUGUGUGAAGGCUCUGAAAGCUGGUUGCUCAGUCAUUCAGUCAGCUGGUUCGGUGAAAAGCAAAGAGACAGGAUGUGAUGUCAUCUAGGCCAGUGACUCUUCCUCUGCCAGCUGCCCAGACAGGACAGUUGCCCCGGGCCCCUUCCUCCUCCUCCUUCUCUUCCUCCUCUUCCUCCUCCCCUUCCUGGUUUCCGUCUGCGUCUCCUCUCUCCUGUUUCCUCUGCUGUUCUAAGUGGUGACUCUUCUUCUACAUCCAUCAGUUCUUCCUCUGCAUCUAUGAGACUGUACAAAGGAACCAAAUUUAAACACCCAGGAGGAAAACUUUCUGUAUAUUUGCAUACCGUGCGUAAGUGACUGUGCACACACACUCCAGUCACAGGCACGUGAUCCUGUGUUUUCCACCAUAUCAUGGAGGUCACUCCCAAAUCUGCCCUGAGCAAAGAAGAGGCCAGUACCAUAUUUGUCCUAAAUUUAAAUUCUUGCGGAUUUAAGGAGAUAUAGACUGUUUUUGAUUGAUCUGACUGGACAACAUCACAUGGGACAUUACAACCAUACAUUUCUUUUAUAUAUAAUUUUCUUUUACAAUUUUUCUUGGACAGGAAAUUACUCCGUCCUUGAAUGGAUGCAGAUGCCACCUAAAACAAGAGAUCGCAAUUACUGAGACUUUGACAGGUGUUUGUCACGUAUUUUUAAAGGGUAUGCUAGUCUGGAAUUGAUUCUUUCAGACCACCACUGACUUUUGGUUUUGUUUUUAUAUUAUGAGUCAAAGAAUCAGCUGUCCUGCCAUCUAACCUUGACCCACACCCCCUCCCAUCCCACACCCCACCUCAAAAAGUGAGAUCCCUCACUCUGCCACAGCUGUAUCACAACAUGUUUGCAAGGCAUGAUGAUGAAAAAAAAGGAAGUGCAGAUCAGAGUUUGCUUUCUGUUUUGGCAUUAAUCACAAAGUCAUGAAAGUGUUGAAAGCAAGCUGAAAGUCGUGUCUCCAUCCUGACUGAGAAAUCACUCUGUAAUUAAUAGUUUAUGAGCAAAAGCGCUUUGUUCAAGGUCUGUACCAGAUCAGUCACUAUGCUAACAGUAAUUUGUCUGAAGACAGCAUUAAGGAUGCACUGUCAGAUUAGGCUGAAGAAGAAGACACUCUAAAAGGUUAACACCCGCUAGUACAGACUGAGCAUUUUUUUGUUCUAACAACAAAGUGUUUCUUUAUCAGAAAAGCUUUGUCGCAAUCCCACUGUGAGACUCCCCAAUAUCAAUAAUGUAAUAAGACACCAUCUACAAGUUUCUAGAUUGUGCUUUCUAUUAGCCACGCAACACAAAAACAUAGGAGAAUGAAAGAUUUUUUUCAGCCAUGUUCUGCAGUAGGGGACAUUGAAAUCUGUUUUCAUUCAGUUUGAUGGUUUUGUUUGCUGUGUUUGUAUGGACUCUCUUAUCUCUAGUUCUUGAAACCUCAAUCAAAAAUGAUGUGAUGAGUUUCGCCCUAGAACCACUGUUGCAAAAUUAAUGCAGACAUAAAAGUGAACAACUAAUAAAAAUAAAAAGACAGGGAGUAGUUGCACAGGCCACAUGCUCUGGGUAUAAAAUGUAAAAGUCAGAGAGAGAGAGAGAGAAAGAGAGAAAGAGAAAGCAAUCAAGACCGAUGAUCAGAAUGGAAGGUAUUCAGUAAAUGAUAAUGUUAUACAGCCACUUUGGUCAAUUGCUCUUAAUUUAUUAUUGCCAUCCGGAUAAACUGUGAUCUCAGUAUGAUUUGGAAGGUUAGUUGGUACAAAGAGGUAAAAAAGUCUUGUUUUUAAUCAAUGUUUUAAACCUUUUUCACUGCCCAAGAUGUAUUAUUAUGUAUAGAAGGACAACAUGCCUGUGAACAUUUCUCCUUUCCCCUCCCUUACAGCAAAGUGUACAGCUCUCAAAUGUAGCUCCUCUGUCUUGUAUGUGUAUUUGAUAUUAUUAUUUAAAAAGAAAACUGGAGAGAGGAAUAACAAAAAGGGAGGGAUGGACCAGUGAUGCACCGUCACAACCCGAACAGAGGUAUUUUGUUUGUUUUCGUGUUAGUUUGAAGCCAUAAGUGGGAAUACAAGAAGAUGCAUUUGUAAAUUGGAUCACAUUUCCCGUUUUUGUUGCAGUAUGUGGGACUCCAUUUGUGACGUGUUCAUUUUCUCUUUUUUUAUUCUUAUCUUGUAUUAUGUUUUUGUAAAUACACUGAGAAGUACUACAUGGGUUUUGAAUAUGCUGGUAUAAAGCUUCUCUUCCCUUA